AGGCAAAUCGAUCUGGUUUUCCAUUCAGCGCGGCGCAGCAGAGAGGCUCUACACGGGACGUUGUGCUGCGUCACACCAGGUUGCUUGACUUCUUCGCUUCUCCGCUUCCUCGCAUUUUCCCCAUUUUGACGGCACGCGGCACAAUGAACGGCGGCGCGCUCGCGCUGUGCGCCCAAAGGAGGUUCCUGAGCGUGUACAACUUUUUCAUCUGUGUGAGGAAGGGCGGGGAGGCCACGCUGGUCAAAGAUAUCAAGCAGCGCUACGUGAGGGAAGUCACCAAAUAUCAAGCGCAGAAAAGGAACCCCGAGGAACAAAAAAAGGAAAAAAACAAAAAAGAAAAGCAUUUAGUUCGAUUAGGCAAAUGCAGUGGAGGGGUACAAAUUAAAUGUUCCCCUUCGCUCAUUUAUUUGCUAUCAUUAAAAUGUGGGUAUGUCGAAAGCAUAUGGCUGAACGUUGCGAAGAAUGCCUCCUGCACUUCCUUGGUCUGCCUGGAAGAGAUAAUCAGAAAGAUCCCUUGGGAGCAUUACAUCUCCCCAAACCAUUUGGAGGACAUCCCGUUGAAGGUCACUUCGCGAAAGUCGAAGCUGUUUGACGUUGCGAAUAUUGGACGUGCCGUACGUGGGCGAUUAAAUGAGUUCGUUAGCUCAUACAGAGGCGGCCACCUCACAGGAGAGCGAUCCCCCUCGCCAGACGCAUGUCUGGUAACCCCCCUCUUGGAGGACCCCCCCCCGGGUGAACACAUAAACAAAGCGAAUGAGGAAAAUCCAAACGAAAGGACCCACCAAAAUGGAUGGAAUUUAUUAUCCGUUCAUAUUGAAGAUAACCUAUGCAAUGUGGACAUCAAAUUUACGGGCAAAUUGUCCCCUCGAUUUUACCAGUACUGUCAUGUGGACGAUCUAAACGGUGUGGCCAACUACAGCAAAUGCGACAAUUUGAAUUUCACUUCGCUCUUUAGUAGAGACCAACCCAUUGGUGAUGAACAGAUAAAGAGCAUCGUCAAGGAGAACGUCCCCUUUUGGUCCAUUUUUGAGGAAAAAAAAAAAAUUCAACUAAGUGGUGAAAGGGGCCCAUCUGGGGGGGAGACACACCACUAUUAUAAGUACAGCUAUUUUGGGGAUGCCCUCAAGAGGGACUCACCAGACCGUCUGACCUCUGCCAGAGAGGUGGCACCACCAGGGGAGAACAACUACGUUAAUAGUCACCCAAAUGGGAAGAGUGGUAGCCCCUACGUGGGUGACCUUUCCAAUGAGGGAGAAGUUGCAGGGGAGAAAUGCACUCAUGAGAACCCCCCCCGGGGAGAGGAACCCCCCAAAAUGGUAACCCACAACAUUGAGGAAGAGAGAGGGAAAAAUAAGAACCACCCUGCUGAAGCAAACCCAACGAGUGCACUCGGCCUACCACCCAUCGAGAGCGAACGUGUGGUGAACUACCUACGCGACAUGGAAAUGAAGAGGAUGAACCAUCACAACAACAGUUUCUUUUUAAGUGACGACUGCUACGACGCAGCUAGCUGUAUAUAUUCGCUAGCUGUGCAAAAGUGUCUAAAGAAUCAGAAGAAUGUAAAACUCAUUUGGGACCCCUUCUGCUCCAAUGGCAACAUCAUCUUCGAGUUGUUGUUUUAUUUUCUUCGCAUGCCAAUUUAUACCGACCAGCAAAUUUUACCCUUCAUGAAUUUGAAAAUAUAUGACCAGCAAGAGUUUCUGCAAAUCUAUCGGUACCUUUUGGACAACCCAGAGGGUGCACAGAACCACCAGGUGCAGUUAGUCGGCACCGACAGUCGGGGCAUUAUGAUUGCUCAGUGUAAAAAGAACCUAGUCAGGUGUGCAUUAUACUAUAAAGACGUUUUUAAGAAGGUGCAGCAGAAUAAAAGGUGUGCCUAUCGGGGCAGUUCUACGGACGAAGCGGACUGCUCCACUUCUUCACAUGGUAGUUACUUGAGUAGAAAUUCAUUUUUAGGAGGCGCGCUGAGGGACCAGGUGAUGGAUGAACAUGCGGCGGAGCAGGAGGAAGAGGACGGCGAGGUGGACGUGACGGGUGGGAGUGGCGCUCCUCCCUUUGAUGAAGCGGCGGAGCGGAGUUACGCGCGAGACAUGGACGCGCUGCGCAGGGUGGAAGCGGCCUCAUGGGGAGCAGCUUCAUCGGGAGCAACCUCUUCCGAACAACCUCAUCAGAAGCAACCUCUUCCGAAGCAACCUUAUCAGAAGCAACCUUAUCAGAAGCAACCUCAUCAGAAGCAACCUCAUCAGAAGCAACCUCUUCCAAAGCAACCUCAUCAGAAGCUACCCCUUCCAAAGCAACCCCGUCGGUAAUAACCGCCCCCGACUUGCACACCACGUCAGUGUCCACCGCGGAGGACCGCAAGUACAACCUGGAGCUCCCCUUGGACGUAUCCUUUCACAAGGCCCACUUUUUCAACGUCGCCCCGUUUGUAAAGGACGCGAUUAUUAUAACCAAAAUUCCCCACUUUAGUUUUGUUAAGGAACUCGGAGUCAGCAAGAAAAUCUUCACCCUGUACGAGCAGUUCGAGCAGAUGCUGAGCUCAAGGAGUGACUGGAAGGGAGUAUACGUCCUCAUCAGAAAUCAGGUCUUCUUAAACAAAACGAAAUUGGAGUGGAACAAAAUGCUCUCCUUGAAGGACUCCAAGGGUAGGCACUUAACGUUGCUCAGUUGGACGGGGCGCAAAAAGAAUUUGUACUCUUUUGCGACGCAGGACGACAAGUUGAGGGAGUUAGAAAGGUUUAGUGAGAGCCUGACCUUUGAGGCGUAGCCCAUCAGAGGGGGGUUUAAGAAAUCGCCGCUAUGUUGGCAGUAGGGUGGACUGCACACCAUUGUGCCU